UACAGGCAAUGUCAGACUGUCACCUUUCCCUGUCAGAUUGAUCCCCUGUCUGAUCAGCACUAAAUGUUCAGACUACUUCAGUGGUAAAGGAGACGGGUUGUUAUUUUUGACCCCAAUUUUCUCUGGUUAUCUUGAAAACAUUUAUCAGAUCUACAGUCGGCCUACAGAGAGUUUCCGCCUUUGAAUCGAUUAUAUCAGUUACCGUUUAGUAUCCCUACCGUUCGACAGAGUUAGAUCUUUGAUUGAUUAUACAGUCUUGAACACUUUCCAUCAUGGCGGCAACACCUGCAACAAAUCCUUCUCAACUGCUUCCACUGGAACUUGUGGACAAAUGUAUUGGUUCCAGAAUUCACAUCGUCAUGAAGAAUGACAAAGAGAUUGUCGGCACCUUAUUGGGUUUUGAUGAUUUUGUCAACAUGGUGCUGGAGGAUGUUACAGAAUUUGAGAUCACACCAGAAGGUAGGAGGAUAACCAAACUGGACCAGAUUCUGCUAAAUGGCAACAACAUUACAAUGCUUAUUCCAGGAGGUGAAGGCCCAGACGUUUGAUGUGCGCCUUUUUUUUUUUUUAAAGAAAUUGUACUUGCUUUCCCUCAUUCAUUUAUACUUGUUUUUAUUUUCAUUUAUGUUGUAUUUUUGUCAUUUGUAAUUUUUUUCUAGUGGAGCCUUGGAAUUUUAAUUUGGACUGAUUCAUAAUUUGUAAAUAGGCUGGAUUAUGUGUCAGAUGAUGGAGAGGCUCCUUUCACCGCUGAGAGUCUUGGUUUUGUUAUGAAUAAAUUCAUUUGUGCCCAAUGUGGAA